UGUGUGUGUGUGUGUUCUGGUUGAGCCUGAGAGGUAGUAGUAGUAAGUUCUUGUUGUAAUAAAAGUAACCAUUAUGGAUUUUUGAAGUAAGCAAAUUUUUAAUGAUACUAGUACCCACUCUCACAACCCCACCAUCGAUCGUUACCAAGCUUCAACCUUUUCAUCAUAAAAUACUUUCCGCUUUCCUCUUUUCAUUUCAAAUUCCUCCAGGAAAGUAGUGGUACAGUAAUAAUUUAAAAAAAAAAAAAAACUUUUCUGGAAAGCUUUAUUUAUGCGAUAAAAAUUUACAUUUGGAGUCCAAAAAUGAAAAUGGGCGUUUCAAUUUUGGUGUUCCUAGCUGCUUUGGCAACAGCCCUUUUGCUGGAUUGCUCUCUUGCUCUCACUCCAGAUGGUCUUACACUGCUGGAAGUGAAAACCAGUUUGAAUGACAGUAAGAACUUUCUGAGUAACUGGAAAGAUAUUGAUGAAUCUCCCUGUUAUUGGACUGGUAUUACUUGCAGCCCACAAGACCAGAGAGUGAUAUCUAUAAACCUACCAUACAUGCAGCUUGGAGGGAUUAUACCCCCUAGCAUUUGUAAACUCAACAAAUUGCAAAGACUGGCACUUCAUCAGAACAGUCUUCAUGGUUUCAUUCCUAAUGAGAUUGCACAGUGUUCUGAACUCAGAGCCCUGUAUCUUCGAGCUAACUAUUUUCAAGGAGGAAUACCUUCGACUAUUGGAAAUGUUUCUAUGUUGACUAUAUUGGAUUUAUCGAGCAAUACACUGAAAGGUGCUAUACCUUCUUCUCUAGGUCAUUUAACACGUCUAGCAUAUCUAAAUCUGUCGUCAAACUUCUUGUCUGGUGAAGUGCCAGAUGUUGGAGUGCUAAGCAAGUUUGGGAGCAAAUCGUUUAUUGGUAAUUUAGAUCUGUGCGGGCAACAAGUAAACAAGCCUUGUCGAACUUCACUUGGUUUUCCUGCUGUAUUGCCUCACGCUGAAAGUGAUGAAGCAACAGUGCACAAACGAUCCUCUCGCUACAUCAAAGGUAUCGUGAUUGGUGCAGUAUCCAUGUUAGCCUUCGGGAUUAUUUUCCUUCUCGGUUUUCUCUGGGUUUGGUUUCUGACGAAGAAGGAGAGGGCUGCGAAAAAAUACACAGAAGUGAAAAAACAAGUCCAUCAAGAAGCAAGAGCCAAGCUCAUAACUUUUCAUGGCGAUCUUCCGUACCCUUCAUGUGAGCUUGUGGAGAAAAUCGAGUCUCUUGAAGAGGAAGAUGUCGUUGGAGCUGGAGGUUUUGGAACUGUAUAUAGAAUGGUUAUGAACGACUGUGGUACUUUCGCUGUCAAGAAGAUUGACCGGACAAGACAAGGCUCCGAUCAAGUAUUCGAGAGAGAGCUCGAGAUCUUAGGCAGCGUCAAGCAUAGAAAUCUAGUAAACCUUAGAGGUUACUGUCGCCUCCCUACAGCAAGGCUCCUUAUAUACGACUACUUAGCCAUGGGCAGCUUGGACUAUUUCUUGCACGACAAUAUCCACGAAGAGCGUCUGCUGAACUGGAACGCUCGUCUGAAGAUAGCUAUUGGUUCUGCUAGAGGAGUGGCGUACCUGCACCAUGACUGCUCUCCGAAGAUAGUCCAUCGUGAUAUUAAGUCGAGCAACAUCCUCCUCGAUGAAAACCUCGAGCCCCAUGUCUCGGACUUCGGCCUUGCUAAGCUGCUGGUGGACGAGGACGCUCAUGUCACCACCGUGGUUGCAGGCACAUUCGGCUACUUGGCUCCAGAGUACUUGCAGAGCGGUAGAGCAACGGAGAAGUCUGACGUGUACAGCUUUGGCGUGCUGCUGCUGGAGCUCGUGACGGGCAAAAGACCAACGGAUCCGACGUUCGUGCAGAGGGGAUUGAAUGUGGUGGGAUGGAUGAACACGCAGAAGAGGGUCGAGGACAUAGUGGACAGGAGGUGCAGGGAUGCGGCAGUGGAGACGGUGGAGGUGCUGGUGGAGAUAGCGGCGAGAUGCACGGACGCAGACCCGGAGGAGCGGCCGUCGAUGCAGCAGGUGCUGCAGUUGUUGGAGCAGGAAGUGAUGUCGCCUUGCCUCAGUGAGUUCUACGAGUCUCAUUCAGAUAGGUGCUGAUGCAUAUCUCUAGUCGUAAAUAUACUCUCUUCAACUCAUGGACUUUAGGAGUGUAAAUGCAUUCAUUCACUCGAGCGUGAAUGCAGCAUUUUUUCUGCACAACAAUCAUUGUACAUUGUUAAUGAAUGACAUCUGUGUUUAGCUUGGUUUGCUGGUUCUACUCGCAGAUUAUGCAGUUUUGAUGUAGCAUUAAAAUGCAAUAACAUUGCAAUUUAGUGAUGCUUCUCAAGUUUAUUUUUUGAAAUAGCUUAGCAGCUAAUAUCGGAUGUAUCUGAAUUACGUGUAUUAUCUUUAAUGCACAAGUGGCUCGAAUUCUUAAUCUAUUAGUUGGAGGAGAAACUUUUUAGUA